AUAUAAAAUUCUGUACAUAAAAUAAUACAACAUUUUGUAUUGCCAUAACGACUUAUUAUUAACAGGUGAAACCAGCAGGAAUCGAAUAUGCUGAAAUUUUUGCUGCUUAUUAGUUGUCUGAUAUCUAUCGAAACUGUUUUCUGUGUAGAUUGUUCAGAUCAUACAUGCCUCAGGACACUCUUUAAUGCAAGGGUGACAAAAGCAGAGUAUUAUACAAGACCUUUGAGCAGCUCGUCAUCAUCGUCAGGGAGUUGGUGGUCUAGUAGAAGAAAAAAGAGACACAAUUACCAUUUACACCACUCAGGGGUUGUUGUAACAAUAGACCGUUACGUGGAAGGAAAGAAUAAAUGGCUGAUACACAAAGGCGAAGAUUAUGGUGACGCUUCUGAUACUGUCAUUACAGACGCCGAUUAUAUGAGUUCAAGAUGGACACUUACUAAAUCAAUGUAUCCUAGCUGCCGUUACACUGUGACCAGUUGCAUGAGAGCAGCAAUAAAUGAUUUCGUAUAUAGUGUAUAUGGACCAAACUGUCAAACCGCUGCAAAUGGAAUAUGGGACCUACUACAGGGGUGCUAAAUAAAGAUAAAAUAUUUUCCGGCAGCUGAACAACAGAAUAUACAAUAUAAUUUUCCUAUCUCUAUGUCCCCUUCUCUUUUAUGAAUAAAGAUUUAAUCAGUACGUAGCAUACAGCAGUACCUAAUUAGUCAUACAAUACAAACUGUUUGUAAUUUGAUACACUUAUUAGAAUCCGCGUAUUUAUAACCAUUCAAGGCAUUAAAGCAUUAGUAGUAGCAAACACAAGUUAAUCAUUUGUUUAAUGGAACGUUUAUAUGUUCUGCUGUUACUUCUGAAAUCAUUGUUAACGCAUGAUGGACUUUAUUUAAACUAAUUAAAUUAAUUUCCACAACUUUCUAUGUUGUGUCAUAUCAAAUGUAAACGAUAUUUUAUAAAUUAUUUUAUAGAAUACAUCACACUAUAAUUGGCAGAUUGUAAUCCUUAGAGAAUAAAAAGUAUGAUACUCGAAUCA